GGAGCUGGUCUGCAUCCGCCGCGGCGUCUCCAUGGCACGACCCUGGCCUCCGACUUCAACGACUUCAUAAGGAGGCGUUUCUGGGCGCAGCCGUGUCGCUCCUGGACAGUUGCUGUGCGACUUGGACAGUAGAGGAGCGCCUCCCAAGUUUUCAUCCACCUGCCACCCCCAAAGCUUCCACCCUUCUCCCCUCAGAGAGGACGUUUGAUGCUGGGCCCCUGAGAUUCUCAUUGACAAGCCCCUCUGGGUCCCCCUGAGCAGAGCCUGCUGACCCAAUUGCCCACCUUUGCGGCUUUGAUGCCUAGCCAUGUCUGCCUCAUCCUCAGGCGGCUCCCCCAGGUUUCCAUCGUGUGGUAAGAACGGAGUAACGAGUCUCACGCAGAAAAAGGUCUUGAGGACACCUUGUGGCGCACCCAGUGUGACCGUGACGAUCAACCUUUUUUGAGUUGUCCUCCCCCGCCUGCCAGAAGCGAACCAUGAAGGACCGCUCUUCAACACCCCCCUUACAUGUUCACGUGGAUGAGAACACCCCUGUCCACGUCCACAUAAAAAAACUCCCGAAAGCAUCCGCGACCAGCAGCCAGAAAUCUCAUAAGCGCGGAAUGAAAGGGGACACCGUGAAUGUGCGGCGGAGUGUCCGGGUGAAAACCAAGGUACCUUGGAUGCCCCCUGGAAAAUCAUCCGCCCGGCAUGUGGGAUGCAAGUGGGAGAAUCCACCUCACUGCCUGGAGAUCACGCCACCGUCUUCAGAGAAGCUGGUCUCCGUGAUGCGGUUAAGUGACCUCUCCACAGAAGAUGAGGACUCGGGUCACUGUAAAAUGAACCGUUAUGAUAAGAAGAUUGACAGUCUAAUGAACGCGGUUGGUUGUCUCAAGUCUGAGGUCAAGAUGCAGAAGGGAGAGCGCCAGAUGGCCAAGAGGUUCCUGGAGGAGCGCAAGGAGGAGCUGGAGGAGGUGGCCCACGAGCUGGCCGAGACCGAGCACGAGAACACGGUGCUGAGACACAACAUCGAGCGCAUCAAGGAGGAGAAGGACUUCACCGUGCUUCAGAAGAAACACCUCCAGCAGGAGAAGGAGUGCCUCAUGUCCAAGCUGGUGGAGGCGGAAAUGGAUGGGGCUGCCGCUGCCAAACAAGUCAUGGCCCUGAAGGACACUAUCGGGAAGCUCAAGACGGAGAAACAGAUGACCUGCACGGAUAUCAACACCCUGACGAGGCAGAAGGAACUUCUCCUGCAGAAGCUGAGCACGUUUGAGGAGACCAACCGCACCCUCCGAGACCUGCUGCGGGAACAGCACUGCAAAGAGGAUUCCGAAAGGCUGAUGGAGCAACAAGGAGCCCUACUGAAACGGCUGGCGGAGGCGGACUCGGAGAAAGCGCGCCUGCUGUUACUGCUGCAAGACAAGGACAAGGAGGUGGAAGAGCUCCUCCAGGAAAUACAAUGUGAGAAGGCUCAAGCAAAGACAGCCUCUGAGCUUUCGAAGUCCAUGGAGUCCAUGCGUGGGCAUUUGCAGGCACAGCUUCGGUGCAAAGAGGCAGAGAACAGUCGCCUGUGCAUGCAGAUCAAGAACCUGGAGCGCAGCGGAAACCAGCACAAGGCGGAAGUGGAGGCCAUCAUGGAGCAGCUGAAGGAGCUGAAGCAGAAGGGAGAUCGGGACAAGGAGUCCCUGAAGAAGGCCAUCCGGGCCCAGAAGGAGCGCGCCGAGAAGAGCGAGGAGUACGCUGAGCAGCUGCACGUGCAACUUGCUGACAAGGAUCUUUAUGUCGCUGAAGCUCUAUCCACUCUGGAAUCAUGGAGGAGCCGCUACAACCAAGUUGUGAAAGACAAGGGAGACCUCGAGCUGGAAAUUAUCGUCCUGAACGACCGGGUGACAGAUCUCGUAAACCAACAACAAACCUUGGAGGAGAAGAUGCGGGAAGACCGGGACAGCCUGGUGGAGAGACUACACCGGCAGACCGCCGAGUAUUCCGCAUUCAAGCUAGAGAACGAGAGGCUGAAGGCUAGCUUCGCCCCGAUGGAGGACAAACUCAAUCAGGCGCACAUCGAGGUUCAGCAGCUGAAGGCAUCGGUGAAGAACUACGAGGGAAUGAUUGACAACUAUAAGAGUCAGGUGAUGAAGACCAGACUGGAGGCUGAUGAGGUGGCUGCCCAGCUGGAACGCUGUGACAAAGAGAACAAGAUCCUUAAAGACGAGAUGAACAAAGAGAUUGAAGCGGCACGGAGGCAGUUCCAGUCCCAGCUGGCUGACCUGCAGCAGCUGCCCGACAUCCUCAAGAUCACGGAGGCUAAGCUGGCAGAGUGCCAGGACCAGCUGCAGGGCUACGAGAGGAAGAACAUCGACCUCACGGCCAUCAUAUCAGACCUGCGCAGCCGGAUCGAGCAUCAGGGGGACAAGCUGGAGAUGGCGAGAGAGAAACAUCAGGCUUCCCAGAAGGAAAAUAAACAGCUGAGUCUGAAGGUGGAUGAACUGGAGAGGAAACUGGAGGCGACCAGUGCCCAGAAUAUCGAGUUCCUACAGGUGAUCGCCAAGAGGGAGGAGGCGAUCCACCAGUCCCAGCUGCGGCUGGAGGAGAAGACACGAGAAUGUGGGUCCCUGGCGAGGCAGUUGGAGAGCGCCAUUGAAGAUGCUAGGAGGCAGGUGGAACAAACCAAGGAGCACGCAAUCUCCAAGGAGCGGGCUGCGCAGAACAAAAUCCUGGACCUUGAGACCCAGCUGAGCAGGACCAAAACGGAACUCAGCCAGCUGCGGCGGAGCCGGGAUGAUGCUGACCGCCGCUACCAGAGCCGGCUGCAGGACCUGAAAGAUCGCCUGGAGCAGUCAGAGAGCACCAACCGCAGCAUGCAGAACUACGUCCAGUUCCUCAAGUCGUCCUAUGCCAACGUAUUUGGGGAUGGUCCCUACACCACCUUCCUGACCAGCUCUCCCAUUCGCUCCCGAUCUCCUCCUGCCUAGGGCCGCCACCCUUGGGCGGGGAGCCCAGGUGGAUGCCGUGGGAACCGAGGCCUUGCUAAGCCAUACCUGGAAAGCCUGCUGGUUUUCCUCUCUCAUUUCGUGGUGAAGUACGUUCGGGAUCUUGUCCUAGCUACUAGCUCCCGAAAAGUGCCUGAGGCAGCCGGAGAUGCAGCAGGACCCCUUGGUUCUCUCCUCUCUGAUAGCAUCGCCCGACGGAAGUUUUUAAUUUCCAUGGCAGGCCUUAACAUCUUUUACUCCUAGGGUCAGGUUGUAACCCACCCGGACUUUGAUUGUUCCUUUCCCAAGAGAGCGUUUGGGCUGGACUUUCCAGUCCCCUUACAGGGGUCCUCUUUUUAGGGCUCCUUCUCUUGGGUUUUCUCUGACCUGAACCAGCAGGUGCUGUUUGCCAGAGGUCCUCACCCCUCUUCACAGAUCGCUUGCUGUUUUCCUUAUUUCCUGGGUACGGUGUUUCCCCCAAGGGGCUCCCUCCCAGGCCCAGUGGAAACCUCUCAUGGCCAAGUUUCCUUGAGGCCACUGGCCCUCACAUACUUCCCAACAGUCACGCGAGGGCUUAUAUCCCGUUGGCUUUGUAAAAGCAGAAUACCAAUCUCAUGGGCUUUUGAGCCUCUUUGCCAGGUUUGUUCCUAUAGGAGGCAUUUAUUCUUGAAAGAAAUGUGUGUCGUUUUACAAAAAGCUUUUAUAAUCAAUA